AUGAAAUCGAGAGGCGCGAUGGAGCUGUCGACGUCGUGGGGGGAGUACGAGGUGAAGGAGAGGAUCGGCGGGAGGAAGAUGUCGGUCGUAUGGCGCGCGGUGCACGCCCCGAGCGGGAGAGAGGUGGCGCUGAAGCAGGUGCGGCUGGGGGAGCUCACCACGGGGAUGAGGGCGUCCCUCGACUGCGAGGUCAGCUUCCUCCGCUCCGUCCGCCACCCCAACAUCGUCUGCCUCCUCGAUGUCGUCCGGGUUUGUUUCCCUUUCUCUCCCUCCUUUCCCUUGCUCUGAUAUUCCACAGCUGAUAUUAGGACUCGGGACCGCAAUCGAGCUAGGGUUUGGUCUCCUGGAAGAUUUUGGUUGCUCAUUCUUUAGAUCUCUAUCUGUCGAACUUGCUGAUGGAGAACAGAAAGUGUCGAAGAAUUCAGAUUACAUCGCAGUCAUUUGUUCAAUUGACACCAUUUCUUCUUCUUCCUCCAACUCCUUCCUCUUCUUCUUUUCCUUUUUUCCUGUCGAAAUUCUACUACCCCAUCGUGCGCAGUCAGUCAGUGGUUUUGAUCUCAGGCUGAUGGAUGCAUGUUCCUCGCCACGGAGUUCUGCGCCGGAGGGAACUUGGCCGAUUACAUUCGUCAGCAUGGUGCCAUAUGCGAACAGGUCUCCAGGAAAUUCAUGAGGCAACUAGGUGGGGUUUCUACUCAGCUCGGAUCGUAAGAGAAAACGCCUGGCCGUGUUUCUUCGAUUUGAAUGAGUUCAUAUAGCAAGCCUGUUUGAUGUUCUACCAGGAGCCGGCUUGGAGGUUCUCCAUGCCCACCACAUUAUCCAUGGGGACUUGAAGCCGGAGGUGGGUACCUGGUUUUCUCUAUCACUUCCUUCCCGACCUCAUCGGCUGGUACCACCAUCACCGCUGAGGAGCUGAUCUUGAACAGAACCUCCUCCUCUCCUCUGAUGGCGGCGACCCAGUGCUGAAGAUCGCUGAUUUCGGUUUAUCAAGGUAGACAAGCCUUCCUCCCCCGUUUAUACACCUUUUUUCUUCUUCGAUAAAGUCAAAUAAAAGGCAGUGGGUGCUGGGCAGAGUCAUACUCCCGGGUCAAUCUGCGGACAAAGUCUGCGGCUCGCCCCCAUACAUGGCUCCAGAAAUGAUGAGAUUCCAGAGAUACGACGAGAAGGUCAACUCCUCUGAUUCUUCUCCACUUCCGACCAAUCGUGAGAUGAUUCGUUGUUUGCUUCUUCUUCUUCCGCUCGCAGAUCGAUAUGUGGAGCGUCGGUGCCAUCCUUUUCGAGCUUCUCAAUGGCUACCCGCCAUUUCGUGGUAGAAGCAACGUCCAGGUAUCUUCCUCCUCCGCUGGCUCCUGCAAUCUGCCAAGGUCUUCUACUUCUACGGUGAAUCUGAUCUCUGUAGAUCGGUUGAUGGCCAGUUGUUGGAGAACAUAAAGACGAGCGCCGGUCUCCCCUUCUCUCGUCUGGUUCUUCCGGGGCUGCAUCCCGACUGUGUUGACCUGUGUAGAAGACUUCUCUGCGAGAACCCAGGUGCGCCAGAUCAGGGUUCUCCCUGUUGACUCUGCAAAUCUUGUGGGUACCGUUGACUCUGCUUCCUCCGCAGUUGACCGCAUCUCCUUCCGCGACUUUUACAACCAUGGGUUCCUGUGGAAAUGCGAAAGAGAUGCCCCGGAAGGAGAAGGGUGA